GUAAGUUGGAGGGACAACCUGAUCCUGGCCACCGACAGCUACAAGUUCAGCCAUUGGAAGCAGUAUCCACCAGGUACAGAGUAUGUGUAUAGCUACUUUGAAAGCCGUGGUUGUGACCGUGGGUGGGACGAAGUCGUUUUCUUCGGACUUCAAUAUUUCCUGAAGCGAUACCUUCUCGGGCCCGUAAUCACCAGGGAGAAGAUUGACGAAGCUGCUACCCUCUGUUCGGAGCACUUCACUGGUGAAGGCUUGUUCUACAAGGAGGGGUUUGAGUACAUCCUUGAGAAGCACGGUGGCAAGCUUCCUAUCUCAAUCAAAGCCCUUCCUGAAGGAAUGGUCAUGCCCACUCGCACAGCUCUGUUCACUAUGGUAAACACGGACCCAAAGUGCUUCUGGUUGACGAACUAUUUGGAGACAUUGCUCGUGCAGGUGUGGUACCCAAUGACGGUCUGCACAAACAGCCGCUACCAAAAGAAGAGCAUCCACGAGGAGUUGGCGGCGACGGGCAAUGAGGCCUGGCAGAUACCUGGUGGCUCUGCCUUCAAACUCCACGACUUCGGGUUCCGUGGCGUUUCCUCCGUGGAGUCUGCGGCCAUUGGAGGGGCGGCUCACUUGGUGAAUUUCCUGGGAACGGACACAGUGGCAGCCCUCCUUUGCACCAAGAGAUACUACCACUCCAAGGCAGCAGCGGGUUUCUCCAUUCCGGCCUCGGAGCACUCCACCAUCACCUCUUGGGGAGUGGAGGGCGAGGUGGAUGCCAUGAAGAACAUGCUGGUGCAAUACCCUCAAGGGCUCGUGGCGUGCGUCAGUGAUUCCUUCGACGUCUUCAAGGCUUGUCGGGACUACUGGGGCUCAAGCCUCAAGGACUUGAUCAAAGGCCGGAUCUCGGGAGAUAGUUGGGGCCGACUGGUCGUGCGGCCUGACAGCGGAGAUCCCAGCGACACAUGUGUGCAAAUUGUGUCAAUCCUCUGCGAGCAAUUCAAGGAGGAUGUGGUCGUCACAAAGACAGGUCACGAGCUGCUGCCGGCCUACUUGCGUGUCAUUCAAGGCGAUGGCGUGGACUACGAGUCCAUUCCGAAAAUCCUUGGCGCCCUGAAGGAUGCAGGUUUCGCGGCAGACAACAUGGUUUUUGGGAGCGGCGGUGCUUUGCUUCAGAGGCUUAACCGAGACACCUUCAAGUGUGCGUUCAAAUGCUCGGAGAUCACCGUGAACGGCGUUGCCCGUGAGGUCUUCAAGGACCCCAUCACUGACAAGGGCAAGGCGUCCAAGAAGGGGCGCCUGACGGUACAGCGGGCAGCAGACACUGCAGGUGCUGAAGAGGACAAGUACAAGCCGCGGCAGGACGAAAAUGGAGCACCCGGAGGUCAAGGAUUCCUUCAUUACACGGCCAACGGAGAGUAUGUCACCGUGGCCAGCGGAAGGGGCGAUCUGGCCAAGGACUUGCUGGUGGAGGUUUUCAGAGAUGGAGCUCUUCUGAAAGAUUGGACUUUGGAUGAGAUCAGACAAAGAGCUGACAUUCCCAAUGGUCCUUUCUCGCAAGCGGGCUAG